GGUCGGGGGGUCAGCUCCACCCUAAAAUACAUCGUAGGGGCCCAUUGACCAGUCAGGGCCCGGCUCAGAGGGUCAGACCCGCCCGGCCGGGUCCCGUUCCAAUGAUGCCGACGGAGUACUCCUGCUAAGUUCAGUAAGUAGCUUCCCCGUCCACUGUGCUUUCCUCAUUCGAUUCCUCGAUCGUCAUGGGUCAGAUCCGGCCACCUGGACAGUGCCGUGGGCACUUGACUUCCUCUGCGCUGAUGGCUCGCCUCCUCAACUUGGCCGUUAGCAGCAACGGCCGGUCGAAGGGCCCACGAAUGAAUUGCCGGGACUUCUGCAGAAGGGUUCUAGAUGGCUCUCCGGCCUCCCUGCCAAUGACAGGUCUGAGGGUUGCCAAUCUCUCGCCAAUAACAUUGACUGACCCUUCCCCCCGGGGGACUUUCUGCAGCCGGCACUUCGGCCCAAACCACUGGGUCCGUUGCUUUUGUUGGCACUGCAUAAGGCAACUGAUAGACCAGACCCAUCCUCCGUAUCUGAUGAUUGCCGAACGUAUACGGGAAUGGAAACCGGCAGGUAUCAUCCAAUUGCUCCCAGCAGAUGGGAUGCCGAGGCGACCCAGGAUGCUUGGGCCUGCUGCAGAGAACUUUCUGCUUGGCCUAAACGGCCCAUGCCGUGAAGACAGUCUUUUGAUCAUGACUGCUAGACGGUUCGCCCAAUCCUGUCACGACUAGUCCCUUGCGGGGUCUGCUCGCUUCCCCUAAGAGGCAAUACCCUCUGCUUACCUAGGCAGAGGUCGAUGGCUAUCAGUUCCUUUUCCCUGGCGGUCAAUUGGCGAG